AUGGAGAAGAAUAGCACUUACUUCAACAGCUGCAUGGACAGCUCUCUGCUGGAUAACACUGUUCGACAGAAUGAGGCUACCAACCAAACUGCCCUCUACACCCGAGAUGAAGAACUUGCCAAGGCUGAGAUUGGGGUUCUGGCUGCUAUCCUGGCAGUGACUUUGGUGGGAAAUCUGGGGGUCCUUCUGACCAUGUACCAUCUGAGGAAGAAGAUGAGCCGCAUGCACCUUUUUAUCCUGCACCUGGCCCUGACUGACCUGGUUGUAGCCCUCUUCCAGGUAUUACCUCAGAUGAUUUGGGAAGUGACCUAUCGCUUCCAGGGGCCUGACCCUCUUUGCAAGCUUGUCAAGUACCUACAGGUGCUGAGUAUGUUUGCCUCCACCUAUAUGCUUAUUGCCAUGACGCUGGACCGCUACAUGGCGGUCUGCCACCCACUGCGCACCCUUCAGCAGACCAGCUGCCAGGCUUACCUGAUGAUUGGAUCCACUUGGUUGCUCAGUUGCUUGCUCAGUUUGCCACAGCUCUUCAUCUUCUCAGUGAGAGAGGUGCGCCAGGGUUCUGGCGUGUUGGACUGCUGGGCUGAAUUUAGGUACCCCUGGGGACCCAAGGCGUAUGUCACGUGGAUGACUUUGUGCGUCUUUGUGCUGCCAGUGGCCAUCCUCACCCUUUGCUAUGGGCUAAUCUGCCACAAGAUCUGCAAAAAUCUCCGAGGAAAGACUAAGAGUGGUGGUUCCUGCAUGACAACAGCUUCCAUUUCCUAUACGGGUCAGAAGGGAGCAGAGUGCCAUGGUGGUUCUCGAGUAAGCAGUAUUCGUACCAUCUCCCGUGCCAAAAUCCGUACGGUGAAGAUGACCUUUGUCAUCGUGAUGGCCUAUGUGGCUUGCUGGGCACCUUUCUUCAGUGUGCAGAUGUGGUCGGUGUGGGACAAGGAUGCACCAGAUGAUGAAUCCAGCAAUGUGACUUUUACCAUCACCAUGUUGCUGGCUAGCCUCAGCAGUUGCUGUAACCCUUGGAUUUACAUGUUCUUCAGUGGACAUCUGUUUCAUGACAUCUUCCACUUUUUUGCAUGCUGUGGAAGCCUUCACUCCAAUUUCAAGCGGCAGUUCUCCAACGGAAGUCUCUGCAGCCGAAAGACCACCAUCUUGACUCACAGCCCCCAAAGUACUCCAGCUGCUGCUGGGGUUGAAAUGCAGCUGGGGAGCUUGAAGGAUUUGUACCAGCCUUAUGAGGAGACUGUGAGUGAUUUGGGAAUACUCUAAAGUAUUGUGGUGAACUGAGGCAUUGCCAUUGGAUGAUCAUUAUUCUCCAUCUCUACACAAAAGCUACAAUUUGUGUGGGACUGAAGAAAAUCUUCACUCACAAUGAUUUUUUUUACAGAGUUUGGAAAAUUACUUUUAAUAAAGAAUAAUUAUGUGCCAUUCUAAGGCAACAAAAUGUACUUAGUUACCAUCACAGUUGCAUUUUUAGCAAAAGCUAUUUUCUUUUAUGUUAUUCAGAAAUGAGUGUCAACAUGGGCUUCUAGCUUACAUUACACAAUGCUGCACUAUAAGCUACUGCUACCGAGUACAUGAUGUAUCUAUGUAACAAAGCUACAUCCCUGUAACUAUAAAUGCAACUAAAACAGUACAUUUCACACUACAAAAAAGAAUGUAUCCUUUGUUACCUU